AAAUCCACGAUUAUAUUAUAAAAUUAUUUUUUCGUUGUAAGAGACAACUAGUGUUAUUAUUAUUAUUGUAUCGUACUUACGCUCAAAUCGCGACGAAAUUUUAGUUUACACGUACUUAAGCGCGAGUCGCAGCAGGAAAUAUUUAGAAAUUAUUGUACCUACCUAUUUAGCGUAGGUAGGUGUUUACUAACAGAGUGCUACUAUUAUUCGUGCAACAACUAUUAUCGGCUAAAGGUUAGUAAGUUAUUCGUAUUUGUUGUAUUUGUAUCAGCUCUAAUAGUUGAGGUUUGAACCAUUAUUUACGAAUAAAUGAAUUAUUAUUAUUCAUUGUGUUAUAGGUUAGAGACACCUCACCUACAAAUCCUUUCAAGUAUUUCAAGUACCAGAUCUAAUUUAUAUACAAUUGGCAAUGGAAAAUACAAAGCAAAUUCCGGAACCCAGGCGAUGUGAAUCAGCUAAAUACAAGUAUAAAAAGUCAUCUUAUGUGGAGAUAUUUGAAGUACUACAAUCCCUACGAUGGGAUGAGAUGUUUUGCGAUUUUAAACUAGAAACCGAUGAUGGAAAAAUUAUAUGUGGUCAUAAAGUGGUUUUGGCUUCCGCAAGUACAUAUUUUCAUGCAAUGUUUAAAAAUUGUGAAGAAAAAAAUCAAUAUCUUGUUAUUAUGAAACAGUUAGAUUCAACCGCUUUACAGUUGUUAGUAAACUUUAUUUACUCCGGAGAAAUCACAGUGACUGAAAAUAAUUUACAAGUUUUAUUAGAAGCUUCAAAUAUCUUACAGUUACAAGAAGUAAAAGAAGCAUGUUCUGAUUUUCUACAAACACAAAUGUGUCCUAAAAAUUGUAUUGGUAUAAAUGCGUUAGCUGAUUUACACAGCUGUACAAAAUUGUUAAGAAGUUCAGAAUUAUAUAUUCAGCAACACUUUUCAGACGUGGUAGAAGGAGAUGAAUUCUUAUCCUUAUCAUCCGAACAAAUGGUUAAGUUGAUCGCCUGUGAUGAGUUAAAAGUUCCAUCUGAAGAAAAUGUAUAUGAAUCUGUAAUUCGAUGGGUAAAAUAUGAUUUGGGUUCCAGAAAAUGUAUCUUGCCCCAAUUAAUGGAACAUGUGCGUUUACCAUUAACAUCCAAAGACUACAUAUUAAAAAAAAUAGUUAAGGAAUCUCUUCUAAAAAUUACGUAA